AUGAUUUUGGGUUUUGAAAGGCAGCUCUCUGGAAAUCUUGGUAUCCACUCGUUCACAAUACCUCAAAAUGCUUUGAAAGAUGCGAAUAUAGGUAAUAAUGCCGUUCUUAAUUUUGACUUGCUCAUAUAA